AUGGAGAAUGGUAAUGGACACGCUAAUGGUAAUGGGGCGUCUAAUGGACAUAUAGAGCCUCUUAGGUCCAUCUCUUAUAGGCCACGAGGUGGAGGAGCCCAUAUCCGUUACACCCCAACUGAUAGGCAUCCUCGGUGCCAGUGUAGGGCCACUUAUGCCUACCCCAAUGAGCUAGUACUAUCCCUGGAUGAUGAGCGUCGCCAGCUGAGGGACGCUAACUUCUCUUUUUCUCAGGAUGUAGAAGAGCUGAGUAUCAUGGUGGACACUCAGUUCGACCGCAUAGUAGAGUUAGAGCAGAGGGUAGCAGCGAAACAUGCUAGGCUGGAGGCCGCUCGCGUGGAGAUAGCGCGUCAGAGAGCGAGGGUGACUCGAUUGGCUGAAAGGAUACGUGAUAGGAGCGUCGGCAUCAGGGCAGAUGCCGCGAUGAUGAUAGAUGAGGCCACGAGAAGGGGCCGCGGGAGACCCACUAGACAACACCCGGAAGCGGGUAGAGAUAGAGAGCCUGAGGUCAACCCAGACCAAGGGCAAGGGGGCGGGGGCGGAGACGGAGUAGCCACCGCUAUUAACCAUAUCACUGACGUCCUAGAGCGCUUGACUGAACACCAAGCUGCUAGACCAGGGCGCCAUCAGGGAAGUCCAGUUGAUUCCGAUGAUCGGGCACUGGAAAGGUUCCUGAAGUUUGGACCCCCCAAAUUCUACGGAGGACCCGAGCCGGAAGUGGCCGAAGGCUGGUGGGAGAGGAUCACUGAGAUCUUCGCCGCCCUAAACUAUACGGAGGAACGAAAGGAAAGUUUAGCCGCCGUGAGAAUAGAUACUUUCGCAGAUGCUGUCGAAAGAGCUCAGAGAGUUGAAGUAGCUAGAGCUCAAGUGAAAUCUUUUCAAGCUAAGAAAAGAUUUACCCCCAGCAGUAGUCGAGAGCCGACGUAUGGAAAUACUCCACCGGCUAAGAUGGGCCGAGGAACUGGCGGAAUGACUAGUCCCGGAGCACCGCGAGGUGCGCAAGCAAGGGGAACCGGGGCCAGAAAUGCAGGGGGAAGAAACAAUGGAAAUAGAGGGGGACCGAUUGGAAGAGGACAACCUAGGAAUACCUCGCAAGGAGGCCGAGCCAUAAUUCCCCAAAUGACUUGUGUAUACUGUAAGAAACCUGGUCAUACUAUGGAUAGCUGCUGGAAGAGGCAAGGAAAGUGCUUGAAAUGCGGAAGUAGCGAGCACCAGAUUUCCGGAUGUCCAUCAAUGCAAGGUGGGACUACCCCAAAUGCUAGACCAAACACUUCUGGAGGGAGCCGGCCGACAGUUCCUGCCAGAGUGUAUGCUAUAGGUGACCAACCUGUACCUGAUGCCUCGGAAGUGGUGGAAGGUACACUCCCGAUCUUUCACCGAUUAGCUAAAGUGUUAAUUGACCCUGGUGCAACCCAUUCAUUCGUUAAUCCAUCCUUUAUGUCUGGAAUAGAUGUGCAACCUGUUAAAUUACCCUUCGAUCUUGAAGUUAGAACACCCAUGGGUAAUAAGAAUGUAAUCACUAGUCUGGCUUAUAAGAAUUGUGAAUUCUGGAUUGGAGAGCGUAAAAUGCUAGUGGAUUUGAUCAGUCUGGACAUAAAAGGUUACGAUGUUAUAAUAGGAAUGGAUUUUCUAGGCCAUCAUCAUGCUAAACUUGACUGCCGAGCGAAAGUGGUGGAAUUUUGUAUACCUGGUGAAGCAACCCUGAGGUUAGAUGUCAAGGGUAGGUUAGCAUCAUCUGCUAUAAUCUCAGGAAUUCGAGCUAGGAAAAUGUUGUCUAAAGGAGCGCAAGGUUUCUUAGCUUUCUUGAUAAACGCUCCCAGUGAUCAAGUGAAGCUGGAGGAUGUACCAGUGGUACGGGAAUUUUCGGAUGUUUUUCCCGAAGAGCUAAGGACUUUACCGCCGGAAAGAGAAGUGGAAUUUAAGAUUGACUUGAUGCCUGGAACGGCUCCAAUUUCUAAGACCCCGUAUCGAAUGGCUCCUGCUGAACUAAAAGAAUUGAAAAUCCAAUUACAGGAUCUAUUGGAGAAAGGUUUUUGUAUCGAUUACCGAGGGUUAAAUGAGGCUACAAUUAAGAAUAAAUACCCUCUACCGUUGAUUGAUAGCUUGUUCGAUCAACUGCAAGGGUCAGUAGUCUUCUCUAAGCUGGAUUUAAGGCAAGGGUACUAUCAGUUGAAGAUCAGGAAGGAAGAUAUACCUAAGACUGCUUUUAGUACGAGAUAUGGACAUUUUGAGUUUGCAGUCAUGCCUUUUGGAUUAACCAACGCACCAGCUGCUUUCAUGGAUCUGAUGCAGAGAAUUUUUAAGAAGUAUCUAGAUCAAUUUGUAGUGGUUUUCAUAGAUGAUAUCUUGAUUUACUCUAAGACCCGAGAAGAACAUACUAAGCACUUAGAGGUGGUUUUGCAGAUACUAAGAGAACAUAAGCUGUAUGCCAAAUUCAGCAAGUGUGAGUUUUGGUUGACUGAAAUAUCUUUUCUAGGGCACAGAGUCUCUGAAGAUGGAAUUGCCGUGGAUCCGGCAAAAGUUGAGGCCGUUACGAAUUGGAAACAACCAAAAACUCCAACUGAAGUUAGAAGUUUCUUGGGCUUAGCAGGUUAUUAUAGGCGAUUUAUCCAGGAUUUCUUGAAAAUUGCAGGACCUAUGACUGAGUUAACCAAGAAAGGAGCCAAGUUUGUCUGGACUCCGAAGUGUGAGUCAAGUUUUCAGGAACUAAAGAAGCGGUUAACAUCCGCUCCCGUUUUAGUUUUACCUGAUGGAGGUGAAGGUUAUACUGUAUAUUCUGAUGCUUCCAGAGAAGGUCUGGGAUGUGUUUUAAUGCAAAUGGGUAAGGUAGUUGCUUAUGCUUCUAGGAGAUUGAAACCCCACGAACAGAACUACCCAACUCAUGACCUAGAACUAGCCGCAGUAAUUUUCACCUUGAAGAAAUGGAGACACUACUUGUACGGCGUGACUUUUGAGGUUUUUACGGAUCAUAAGAGUCUCAAGUACUUGUUCUCCCAAAAGGAGCUGAAUUUGAGACAAAAGCGAUGGGUAGAAUUUCUGGAAGAUUACGACUGCUCGAUUAAUUACCAUCCAGGAAAAGCCAAUGUGGUGGCUGACGCUCUAAGUAGGAAGGCCCAAGUAGCAGGGUUAAUGGUAAAUGAGUGGGAUAUGUUAGAAGAAAUAAGUGGCUGGAACCCUCGCUUGGAGAAAUUGAAGGUUUUAUUUGGGAACUUAUCAUUGAAGUCACCUUUACUAGAGCGUAUUAAGGAAGCCCAAAAAACGGACCCUAUGAUUCGGAAGAAUUUGGAGAAAGUGCAAAAAGGGGAAACCCUAGACUUCAAAUUAGGGCCUGAGGGGGUAUUGAGGUUUCGAGAUCGAAUUGUGAUUCCGGCAAAUGAGGAGUUAAGGAAAGAAAUUUUAGAAGAAUCACAUCGAUCGAAGUAUACUAUACACCCAGGGGUGACUAAGAUGUAUCACGAUGUAAAGGGAUUAUACUGGUGGGAAGGUUUGAAAAAGGACGUGGCAGCAUUUGUACAAAGAUGCUUGAUCUGCCAACAAGUGAAAGCUGAACAUCAGAAGCCCUCUGGUUUACUGCAACCGUUAGAAAUCCCUGAAUGGAAAUGGGAACACAUAACAAUGGAUUUUGUAACGGGCUUACCUAAAAGUCAAAAAGGUUUUGAUGCAAUUUGGGUAAUAGUCGAUCGACUUACUAAGUCUGCACACUUUUUACCUGUAAGCAUGAGUUUUACAUUGGAAAAAUUUGUCAAGUUGUACUCAGAAGAGAUCCUAAGCUAUCAGGCUUCGAUUCAGAUGGCACCAUAUGAGGCUUUAUAUGGAAGAAGGUGCCGAUCUACGAUUCACUGGGAUGAAGUUGGAGAAAAGAAAGUCGUAGACCCUACAGCUAUACCUUGGAUCGAGGAAGCACAGGAAAAAGUAAAACUUAUUAGAGAAAGGCUUCAAGUUGCCCAGAGUAGAUAA